AUGUAUACCUAUUUUGUCCUCGCCGGUCUCCUGGUCUCAAACUGCGUCGCUCUCCCCUUGAAUAUCAAUCUUGGUGCAUAUUCACCCGCCCUGGUAGUCGGUGAUGGUGAAAUAUCAUUCGGAGGAAAAGCAGAUGUCGCGGGGUUGAUGAAUGCGCUGGAGGGGGCAGCAGUUUCUGGAGCCGCUGCAAACGAAGCAGCACGACCGGCAACUCCGGCACAGGCAACAGCUGCUCCUGCACCAGUGGAAGCAGCAGUGGUAGCAGAACCCGAGAUAGUCUCAAUUCAACAACCGGCCAAGGUUGCCGCACUCCAGGGCGUCGGGAAGGAAAUCGCACCGCGGAUCGUUUCACUCGUACAAAACAACGAGAAGAUCCAGAAGAAAAGCCAAUCUGAUUCUGAAAACGGUGCUGCAAACGGAGUCAAGGCCAGGGAUGAGUCCUCUGUCACUCCUAGGAUGAAGACGACUGUAACGACGAUGAUUGUUCGUGGUGGAGCCCUACCGGCUGGAGUGAAGGAGAGAAGUACUGUUGACUCAUUAGAAAGACGAUCCUCACCAUCCAGUCUUGAGGGUGUCAACUUGAACAUGGCGGAGGGGCAAGUUGCCGAGCUCACGUUUGUGGAAACAAGAGAGGUGGAUGGCGAUGAGGCAGAUAACGACAAUGAUAACUAG